CUAUGUCUCCAGCGGUCUGGGUGUGGUUUUCAAACUCAGUUCCGUUAGCAGGAAAUCAAGCUCUGGGCUAGCGUUACCACUUCAGCGUGAAACAAAGCAUAGCAAAAAUCGAAAUUUUGGGCUAGUUCGGUCUGGGGAGGGUUUAAGUUCCCACUUUUAGGUGGUGAUAGUCGACUUUUUCUGCUUCUAGUCAUCCGAUGGGAAAAAGUUUAUAUUUUUGUUGACUCCAUUGUAUCUCCUCAGUUGCUGACAUCAGUGAGCAGAACCAGAAAAGACUGACAAAAUGCCGAAGACCAUCAGCGUGCGUGUGACCACAAUGGAUGCGGAGCUGGAGUUUGCCAUUCAGCCAAACACCACAGGCAAACAGCUCUUUGAUCAGGUGGUGAAGACAAUUGGUCUGCGAGAGGUGUGGUUUUUUGGGCUGCAGUAUCAGGACACCAAGGGCUUUUCAACCUGGCUGAAGCUUAACAAGAAGGUGACGGCCCAGGACGUGCGGAAGGAGAGCCCGUUGCUGUUCAAAUUUCGGGCCAAGUUUUUCCCUGAGGAUGUCUCUGAAGAGCUCAUCCAGGAGGCCACCCAAAGACUUUUCUUUUUGCAGGUCAAAGAGGCCAUCCUGAAUGAUGACAUCUAUUGCCCACCAGAAACAGCUGUGCUGCUGGCCUCCUACGCUGUGCAGGCCAAAUAUGCCGACUAUAACAAAGACGCUCACUCUACAGGAUAUCUGUCUGGGGACAAACUGCUCCCACAGAGGGUGCUGGAGCAACACAAAUUGAACAAGGAACAGUGGGAGGAGAGGAUUCAGGUUUGGCAUGAAGAACACAAGGGCAUGCUCAGAGAGGAUGCCAUGAUGGAGUAUCUGAAGAUCGCCCAGGAUCUGGAGAUGUACGGCGUGAACUACUUCAGCAUUAAGAACAAGAAGGGCUCCGAGCUGUGGCUGGGUGUGGACGCCCUGGGCCUGAACAUUUAUGAGCAGAAUGACAAGAUGACGCCCAAAAUCGGAUUCCCAUGGAGUGAGAUCAGGAACAUUUCCUUCAACGACAAGAAGUUUGUCAUCAAACCCAUUGACAAGAAAGCGCCGGACUUUGUUUUCUAUGCGCCACGCCUGCGCAUCAACAAGCGCAUCCUGGCUCUGUGUAUGGGCAACCAUGAGCUGUACAUGCGCAGGCGCAAACCCGACACCAUUGAGGUGCAGCAGAUGAAGGCUCAGGCCAGGGAGGAGAAGAAUCACAAGAAGAUGGAAAGGGCAUUAUUGGAGAAUGAGAAGAAGAAGAGAGAGCAGGCUGAAAAGGAAAAGGAAAAGAUUGAGAAGGAGAAGGAGGAGCUAAUGGAUCGACUGAAACAGAUUGAAGAGCAGACAAAGAAAGCUCAGCAAGAGCUGGAGGAGCAGACCAAGCGGGCCCUGGAGCUGGAGCAGGAACGUAAGCGCGCCCAGGAGGAGGCCGAGCGCCUGGAGAAGGACAAGAGGUCAGCCGAGGAGGCCAGAACAACGCUGCUGCAGCAGGCAGAGAACCAGAUGAAGAACCAGGAACACCUGGCUACCGAGCUGGCAGAGCUCACCUCUAAGAUCUCUUUGCUGGAGGACGCCAAGCAGAAGAAGGAGGACGAGGCAACAGAAUGGCAAACGAAGGCCACCAUGGUACAGGAGGACCUUGAGAAGACCAAAGAGGAGCUGCGGAAUAAGGUGUUGACGGCUCACGUGCAGGAGACGGUGCAGCCGGAGGACGAGCACGAUGAAAACAACGACGAGGAGAACAACGAGGCCAGCGCCGAGUUCAGCGACGCCGCCCUGUACAUGGACCGCAGCGAGGAGGAGCGCAUGACGGAGGCCGAGAAGAACGAGAAAAUGCAGAAGCACCUUCUGGCCCUGAGCUCAGAGUUGGCUAACGCCCGUGAUGAGACCAAGAAGACGGCGAACGACAUGAUCCACGCAGAGAACGUCAAAGCGGGGCGCGACAAGUACAAGACCCUGAGGCAGAUCCGCUCCGGCAACACCAAGCAGCGCAUCGACGAGUUUGAAUGCAUGUGAUCGCCUUCAGUGGCCUACAGGGGGCACACUUGCCUAUUUACUCACCCUGACCCCACUCACCUGCGGACUGCAAUUUUACCCCCUCAACUCAGCUCCCUUACGUUUAGGACUGCGUUUCAAAGCACAACACAUACAAACACCAUUCAAAGAAAAGAGAGAGAAAUGAUCCGUGUAUUGAGAAGAAGUGAAUGUGAUUUGAUUUUUUUUUUGUUUUUUUAAAGGAAUAUUGAACACUGCUUUUAAGAUAAGGGAGACAACUUAGCUUGCAAUUUUUUUCAGUGUUUUUUUUCUCUCCAUUAUGUUAAUUCCUUGCAAACGGUUCGGAGGUGCGAUGUGCAGAAGGGAAAAGGAGUGCUUUUAAGCUUUCAUUCCCCUGCAAGAGGGAAUGAUUCCAAACCUGAUUAUUUUUUUCUGUUCAGUUCAGGGCUCGGAAUACGCUACCAGAUGGACAUCUUAAAAAAAAAAAAAAAAAAAAAAAAAACUUUUUGGGGAAUUUCAAGUGCCAAGUUUCAUUCAAAUGCCAAAAAAACAUGUAGACAUGUGAUUGAUUGCUUGUUGAAUAUGCACAGGCAUGUCACUUGAUCAGAGAACCAUUUUCUGACCUAUUUGGUCUGUAAAUUUGCACGCAGACUUUGAAAUUAAAGGGCAGUAAAGCACUCAACUGAGCAUCUUGCCACCACUCUUUAUUUACUCUAGAAGUCAUCCGCUGCAAGCAGGUCUGUAAAUGUGAGGUUUCUGAUAAGAAAUCAUAUACCGGAAAACAAAGCAAUCAUCAAACUGUAUUUUGAUUCAUUUUUCUAGUUGUAAUGUAUUUUGAAGCUUUCAAAGAUGAAGAACCAUUUUGUGUGGUAUUAUACUAUUUUUUGAAAGCCCCUGCAGUAUUAUCAUGUGAGAUCCACCUGAAUUUAUGCUCAGAGAUGGAUCUGCACCAUUCUCUACCUAUAGUUUGUGGGUGAUUUUUCUCAAAAAGCAUAUUUGCUGUGGCACAUAGCCUGGCCAAGUAGGGGUUAAAGUACCAUAAGUAGGAGUUUUUUCUUUUUUUAUGUUGCAAAAUAUCUUUGAUGUGUGGCCUUUUGCCACAUUUGAUUAAGGCCUGUCCGAAUUUAUUUCAUUCUUAUUGGACUAUAUGAGAUGAAUUGUCAUUGCAAUGUUUCAGACGGAUAACUCUUCACUGUAAGAUCAUAUUUGCUCCUUUUAAAAAAUAAGAUGGGUGGAUGCAGACUUUCUGAAUUCAUCACCAGACAGUGCCUUGUCCUCAGCAAAACAUAAAUGGUGGCUGCUUCAUAAGUCUUUAUUUCAAUUGUCAAUAAAAAAUUCAGUUUAAAAUU